CGUUUUACUGGCGGGGGAAGGAGCACAUAAGUUUGCCAGGGAGAUGGGUGUGGAAGAAAUGCCGCCGGAAGAAUUCAUCACAGAGCCCAGACGCAAAAAACUGGAAAAUCACCUCAAGUUUCAGCCAGCUUUCAGACAGCUUCAUAACGACAGGGAGUUGGGUAUAGAUGAUCACGACACCGUAGGAGCUGUUGCUGUCGAUGCCCAUGGCAAUGUAGCUGCUGCCACCUCCACUGGUGGCAUCACAGGUCAGAUGAUUGGACGAGUUGGUGACUCUCCCCUCAUUGGUUUGUCACCGCAAGACGCAGUAAAGAAAGCUCUGACCGUUAUGAAGGACCGAGUGGAUUCACUAGGGGGCGCAAUUGCCGUGAGCAAAAGUGGGGACUUUGGGCACUACUUCAAUACAAAUGGCAUGAUCUGGGCAUCGGUUCAGAAUGGUCGAAAACAAGUAUAA